UGGGGCUUGCCUGGCACUGCCUGGGCCACACCAACUACCAGACCAAGCAUUGGACCAGCUCAGAGAGGCUUGGCUCACUUGGGAAGCAAGGGCCAGGGGCAGGGGCUCUGCUUCCUGCUCUAGGCCCUGCAGCACCAGUGGAGCCCCCACUGCCUGACAUGGGCUGACUUGAGGGCUUCUCUGCUGAGGUCUUCCUGGAGGGCUGUUCAGCACAUGUGGGGGCUCUGGAUGCUCAGAAGCUUUUUGCAGACAAGCACAAGCUCUGUGAGGGUGAAGAGCCAUGUAUUAGCACUACAGGAGAGGAAUGAAUUGUUAUCCACAUUUACAUCCUUUGAGCUAACCCAGCAAGACGUGAGCUCUGAGAAUUGUGAUCUUUCACUUAAGUGAUCCUGCUUAAGUAUGACAAUUUGAAAAAUAAGUCCAAAUAGGCAGGGCCUAUUCGGGGCAGCACACCCUGCCAGAGAGUGAUGGGGAAGGGGGAGGCGGUGCAGUCAGGGGAUCAGGCUGUCACCCACAUAGCCUACAGAAGGUGGGUGAGGUGAUGAGAUGGGACUUAAAAGGCAGUAAUCUAACAGCACUUUCAGGACAGACUGAGGGAAGAGUCAAAGUACACACGGGUAGAGAACAUAGGUGUCCUAAUUUAGCUUCUCCAAGGAGUACAGAACAAAGGUUUUCUAGGAUUAUCCUAAGACUCAAGAUGCCGGAUACACAACCAGAAGCAAAUAGCCAUGAAUCCAUUCCUCCUUCCUCCAACGAGGGCCAGUGUGACUGUGGCUAUCAACGCGAUGUGACAGAUAUUUAGGGAGGCCAGCAAAUGUGGCUAAUUUGUGGACUGGGAAUUUAAGGGGGAAACAACCUAAGGAAAAGCUGGGAUUCAACUUUAGAAGCCAGCCUUAGGUGACAGAGAGAAGGACGUGUUGAAGCUGACAGAGUGAAUUUUGUGACGGGAACGAUGUGGACUGGAGGCCCUGGCAGGUGGGACCAGGAAUGGAUCUGCUCCAGGUUCCACAUCCUUCAUCCUUCCUGGACCCUUCCUGGGAGAGACACCUGGAUCGGAUGAGUGUGGAUGGAGUUUUGUUCAAAAACUUCCUCACAAAUUACAGCUUUCAGCAAACUAGGCUGAAGUUGGAAGGCAAUUCCUGCGGGCUUGUAAUGGCCAAUGGAAGACCAAGAGUUGGAAGAGCUCCGUGGUUGUCUUCAAAGGAAAAGUCAGCAGGCAGGCAGAGAGAAGGCCCUUGGGCCAGGACCCGGAUGGGAGCUCAGGGACCAGGGCUGGGGGAUGGGCCGCCUAACUUGACCUCUUAAAAAUGACCUUUUUGGGGGGGGGGAGAUAAGAUCUCACUAGAUUAUCUACACUGACUCCACCUCCAGGGUUCACACCAUCCUCCUGUCUCAGCCUCCCUAGUGGACGGGACCAGAGGCAUUGCGCCAUGCACUGCUCUAGAAAAUGGCCCUUUCCGGAGAGCACAUGCUCAGUACACGUCCCGGAGGCCAGAGUUCCGAGCAGGCUGCGGUGUGGACCCGCUGUCCGACGACGCUCUGGUAAAGGAAGCUGAGGCACGCCAUUCCCCGCCUCGCUUUUAAGCCGCUCUAGCAUUUUUUUCCCCUGUGUCAUCCAUUCGGGAUCGCCACUGCUGUGGCCUCCGCUGGGUCUUUUCUUUUCGUGGAAGGCAUAACCUGAUCAGUGGCUGGGAACGGGUUGGUGGCAGCACCGCUGCGGAGCUCCGUGGCUUGGCUGGCUCGCGCGCGCACCGGGCUCGGGGCUGCGAGGAUCGUGGCGGCUUUGAGGCCGGAGGCCGGAGCACAGCCGGCGGAAGGCUUCUGGCUGCAGGGCCGCGGCAGCCUUGCUGGGGCGCGGGACUGAGGCAAAGGUGGCGAUGACUUCAUCCGCAGAGGCGCCUCCCCGCGCGGCCGGUCUGCCUGGGCUAACUUUGACGAUUCGCUUCUCCCCGGCCGGCGUCACGGGUCCCUUUGAAAAAAAUAAAAAAUAAAGAGAUGCGAUGCGAGAGAUCUGCCUCCUUCGAUGAGCAGUGGGAGGAGCCCUCCCCAGCCGGCGUCCGUCCUUCAGCCGGGAACCGGAGCCAGCGUGUGUUUCACUUAUUUUUUUUUUUUUUUUUUUUCCUUUACUAUACAAUCGAAAGGCUCCUGUCACUGUCAUCGAAGUUGAAAAAAAUAGAGAACGGCACAGGUUUGAAAGAAGACACAGCACAGGAGCCUUUUUUUUUCCUGGGAGCCGACUCGCUGGCGAAGAAGGACGACCCGAGUUUGAUGUCUGUGUCUGUCUCCCCAAGGCUGAGGAAUCCUCUCCUUAGAAGGCAGCAGUACUAUGCGUGUUAUGAAUUGUGUCUCCCUGGCCAGCGAUAAAGGAAAUGGGAACAUCGCCGCCGCAGCCGGCUUCAUGAUCGGGCAGACAUCACCCUCCUCUCCUCCAACUCCUCCUCCUCCUCCACCCGCUCCCCCUCUGCCAUGUCCCCACUCUGGGGGAGCCCUCUCCUCCUGCUCCCCUCCCCCACCCCCUCCACCGCCUCCCGGAGGACCCCCUCUGACUCCGCACUUAGACACCUUCGGCUCCCUGGGGAAGAAGAAGCGGAUGAGGAGUUUCUUUUGGAGCACCAUUCCAGAGGAGCAAGUUCGUGGCAAGGCCAACAUUUGGACCCUGGGUGCCGGGGGGCAGCAUCACUUCCAGAUAGACACGAAGACCAUAGAGGAGCUCUUUGGGCAGCAGGAAGACACGCCCAGGCCGUCCCUGCCCAAGAGAGGGGGGCCUCUGAGCUCAUCCUUCAAGGACAUGCGAGAGGAGAUUACCAUCUUGGAUGCAAAGCGGAACAUGAACAUUGGGAUAUUUCUUAAACAAUUUAAAAAGUCUCCUCAGUGCAUCGUGGAAGAUAUCCACCAGGGAAAGAGUGAGGAGUAUGGGUCGGAGACACUGCGGGAAUUUCUGAAGCUUUUGCCCAAAUCAGAAGAGGUAAAGAAGUUAAAGGCCUUCAGUGGCGAUGUGGCCAAGCUCUCGCUGGCAGAUUCCUUCAUGCACCGCCUGAUUCAGGUGCCAAACUAUUCACUUCGGAUCGAAGCCAUGGUGCUAAAGAAGGAAUUUUUACAUGCUUGUUCUUCUCUAUACACCGAUAUAACAAUUUUAAGGAGUGCUACAAAAGAGCUGAUGUCCUGUGAGGCGCUGCAUUCAAUCCUGCACUUGGUGCUCCAGGCUGGGAAUAUCAUGAAUGCGGGAGGAUAUGCUGGCAACGCAGUAGGAUUUAAACUGUCUUCACUGCUCAAAUUGGCAGACACAAAAGCAAACAAACCUGGGAUGAACCUGCUGCAUUUCGUUGCUCAGGAAGCCCAGAAGAAAGAUUCCAUCCUUCUACACUUUUCUGGAAAGUUGUGUCAUGUUCAGGAGGCUUCGAGAUUAUCUCUGGAUAACACAGAGGCAGAGCUGAAGUCGCUGACGCUCAGGACGAAAUCGCUGGAGGAAAACAUAAAGCGGGAUGGGGAGCUGUAUCAGCAGAUGGCAGAUUUCCUUCAGUGUGCCACGGCAAAGCUGGUAGACCUGGAACAGUGGAAAGAGAAGCUCCAGAGUGAGGCCCACACCCUUAUCGAUUUUUUCUGUGAAGACAAGGAAACCAUGACCCUGGAUGAAUGCUUGCAGAUAUUUAGAGACUUCUGCACCAAGUUCAACAAAGCAGUGAAGGACAACCAGGAGCGGGAGGUGCAGGAGUCCAGGCAGCAGCAGCGGCUGAGAGCCCUGGAAGAGAAGCAGCAUUCCUGGGCCGCAGGGGAGCUGGGGGGCUUCAUCCGCAGCAGCAGCGAGACUGACAUGCAACUGCUGACCCACAAGGGCACUGAGGACCUGGCCCUUUUCUUGCACCCCAGGCCUGACAGCCCCUCUGCCCGGCCCCCCAACACUCGGCGCUCCCGCCACUCGCUGGGCUUCUCCGCAGACCGUGAGCUGCUGUCCUUCCUGGAGAGCGCCACCGGCGGACUGGAAGAGCCCAAGUUCAAUACUCUGCCUGGGCGUGGCCGGCGGCUGGCAAGGCCCACGCUUGCCAGUAUGCAACCUGGGGGCGCUGGGGACUGCCACCCUACCUCCCCACACAGACCUCCGAAGGCCCCCGACGUGCCCCAGCCCGCAGAGCAGACAGGUGCCGUCCCCCGAGCAUGGCACCAGGCCGGCGGCCUCCAAAAGCGGAGCAGUGAGCCAGGUGGCCUGGGGGCUGCUGGGAGCCCCCCGCUCCCGUCACUGGCUCUGGGCGUCAAGGAACACGAACUGGUGACUGGGCUCGCCCGGUUCAGCCUGGGGGAUCCCAAGGGCUCACAGGAGACAGCACUGAAUACCCCGAACGAAGUCAUCCCUGGGCCUGGGAGCCCACGGUCCCCAAGCUACAGCACAACAGCUGCGGACAAGGGUCCCCGGGAGGCUCCUAGCCAGGCCCCAGAGGCGGAGGCCGCAACCCCCCACGAACCAGGAAGCCAGGCCUUGGGACCUGCGGGGAGUGGCGACCUGGAGCAUGGGGACCAUCUUAGUGUCUCCGACGCCACUGACUGCUCACUGACGCUGGACUGCUCGGAGGAGAGCUCUGAGCCCGGGCGGCUGGAGGAUGGGGCCUGGCCGGAGGCGGAGGGGCGCAGCCCGGCCUCCCCCAUGCCGGCUUCCAGCGAGGCCUCCGCGACAGACUCGGCGCCCAGUGAGCCCGGCCGCAAGGGCGGCCGCGCCCGGGACAGGCCAGCCCCGGCCAAGGAGGCCCCGGUGCCCAGGCGCGGCUCUGGCCGAGAGGCGCCCCGAGAGCGGCCGGGAGGUGGGCGGCGGGGCCAGGGCACAGAGCCUAGGCCGGUGCGGACGCUGACGGCGUCAGAGAGCCAGGGCCUACGCAAGGUGGUGCCGCUCGCCAAGGGCGGCCGUGGAGCAAGAGCCGGGAAGACUCCGGAGCCGCCUCCGGCGCGGAACCCGCCUCGGGAGGCGGCCCCGGCCCGCAGCGGCUCCCUGAAGGGGACCCAGGACGCGGGCCCCGAGGAGCAGCGGGUGCCCCGGGGCGGCGGCAACGCACGGCCGGGUAAGGAGAGCCCCCUGCAGCCCAAGGGCUCGGUGAGGAAGCCCAGCGCCAAGCCCCUGCGGGCCGUGCCCCGCCCGAAGCCGGAGGAGCCCCUGAGCCCCGAGGACAAGCCCCGCCCGGCCGCCCCCAGCGUCCCCAGCUUCGCCCGGAACACGCUGGCCUCGGCAUCGCGCUGCGUGCGCCCCGAGCCCGCACCCCGGGGCCCCGGCCUCAUGCGCACGGCCUCCCAGCGGCAGCUGCGCGCCAAGGGCGGCCCCGAGGACACGGACAGCACCCUGCGGCGCACCAGCAGCGCCAGGGUCCCCAGGAGGAGCUCUGAGGCAGGCGAGGGGCCUGGCGCCGGCGCAGAGGCCCCCUCAAAGAGCAGGGCUGGGGAGCGGGGCGCCCCCAGACAGCAAGGCCCAGCACGCACCGCCCUGGGGCGAAUCCUCGAGCCCCUGUGGAAGUGAGGGGCCACAGCACAGGCCAUCCGUGACAGAAGUGUCGCUGAAGGUCCCGCCACAGAGGCAGUGUGGAUGUGCGGGCAUCCGAACCCCAGCUCAGCUGCUUCCCGCAGAGCCAAGGUCCACAAGCAACGGCGAUGAAGAUGACAUGAAAAAAAAAAUUUUUUUUUUCCUGGCCAGUCUGUAUAAAUCGAAGACUUUUUGUUUUGUUUUGUCUUGUUUUCUUUUUUUUUUUUUUUUUUUUGAGACAGGGUCUCCUAUGUAACCCAGUUCAGGCUGGUCUUGAACUCACUAUGUAGCCCAAACUGGCCUUGACCACGUGGUGAUCCUCCUGCCACAGCAUCCUGAAUGCUGGGAUUACAGGCAUGUACCACCAUGCCUGGCCAAAGACUUAUUUUUUAAUACUGUAUUAUGAAAAUAAAACGUUUUAGUCCGUUCCUGUAGGGAGUUGAAAUGGCUCCCGAGCAAAGGGUGUCCUUGUUACAAAGAUACUUGUAUCUUCCAGAGUUCCCUGGUCUCAGGGGCCCACCUUCGGGCACAUCAUACCACUGGCCUCGGGCAGGGCCUUUAGGUUGCUGGAUUGGCCCCAGGUCCUGGAAGACUGGCUCACUGCGCCUUGAGUGACUGGGUGAGGGUUUGUAUGGGAAUGGAGGGGCCAUCAGACUCAAGUGGACAGAAGGCUGACCCUCCUGUGUAUUUAGGGUGCUGAGGGUCUUAGCCCGGAGGUGAGGGGAGCAUGUGGCUGUGGGGAGCUCCCCUGCAAAUGUUUGCAGGAUUCCCCUCCAUGUCCAGGUGCUAUGGGAGGACAUCAAGCGCUCUCAGCAGAGCAGCCUUUCCUGUUCUGCCUCCGCCUUUGCAUGUCUGUCCUAAAACCUGAUGAAGGCUGCUGUGAUGACAGGAGAGCAAACCCUCUGUCUGUGGCCUCCUUUCCCCCGCCUCCCCUCGGCUUCCCAUGCUGUCCCUUUCUUGAGGUCACCCAGAGCCCGAAGGAGCUUUCUCUCCCAUACAGCAUCCACCCCUCCUCUCUAUGACACUUCUCAGUGUUCUCAUCGCUUCCUUGUUUUCAAAUCCCGAGGAAAUCCAAACCAGCUUGUUUUGUUUUGUUUUAAGCAGGCCAAACAUUGAAAUUGAUUCCAAAAGAGUUUAUCAUCAGGAAAGUUUUUUUGAGAAAAAAAAAAAAAAUCAGGCUUCAUUCAAAAGAGAGCCCAAUUUCUACUCAGCUCCUGUUCCACUACCUCUCCCUGAGAUGUGGGAAAUAAGAGAGAUCUUAAACGUUUCUUCUUUUCACAAAUUGCCUCCCCCUCCACUUGGGGUGGACAGAGGCGAAGGCAGGCGCUCACAGCAGGUCCCUGUGUCACAGCCUCCCUCCAGAGAACAGUGCCUUUCAUCAGAAACACUAGAGCAAGCCUUGGGGUUGAAGAGCAAGGCCCUGCCCACAGCCUCUUGUGAAAAGCAGUUUUGAACGGGCACAAAUGUGGGACUCCUGAGCAGAUUCUUGUGGUCUCCAAGACACGAAUAUUUCAUACAUUUCCGUCCAGGUUGAUGGAAAGGUCCUGAACACGGGGCACGAGCUUGGGUAGGGAAUGGCUGGGAGGGGUCAUGAGCUUGUAGAUUGGGGACGGCAAAGGGCUCAGGGCUUCUAGGAGGGACCUGCUGUGACUUGAUGCAAUGUGGCAGAUCCUCCUGUCCCUCGGCAUCUGUCUCCCAGUCCACACCUGUGGGCACAGCCUCCUUGCUGGUCUCCAGGGGUCCUUCUAGCCCGAGGCCCUGACUCUGCUAGGGGUGAGCUUCUCCGUGGGGCCAGUAUCCACCACCCUAAAGCAGAGGCUGCCCCAGGGCUGCUCAGGAGGAAGCCUCAUAGGGUGGCUUGAUGCUGUGAGGCCAUUGAGGCCGAGUCCCCGAGGCAGUGGUGUCCUGGCCCAGCAAUGGCCACAUGCAUCUGUGCGAGCAGGUGAUCAUUCAUUCUAUUACCUUUUAUCGGUAGUAAGUGUGGAAAAUAAUUUAAGUAUACAGUGGAGAAUUGUAAAUAUGUUUCUAUAUAAAUUUGUUGAAGAUGAACUGAAUUAUUUAAAGGUCCAUUUAUAUGUGCUUUUAUGUAACAGGUAGUUUAAUAAAAUCCCUGUUUAUGGGAGCAGUGUUUUA